UCCGCCGUCGCACUUGGAAGAGGUGCCUUAGCGUUAUGGGUUCCUCGCAUCUCCGGCCGCGGACGGCAAUGGCGAUUAGGGCUCGUCUCGGGUUCGUGAUCCUCCUCUCCCUCUUCUUCUCGGCGACGUUAUCCACCGCGCUCUACGAGGAUCAGGUCGGGCUCGCAGAUUGGCAUCAUAAGUACAUUGGUAAAGUAAAACAUGCUGUGUUUCACACACAAAAGACAGGGAGAAAGCGUGUAGUAGUAUCUACCGAAGAGAAUGUUGUUGCCUCUCUUGACCUCCGUACAGGCUUUAUAUUUUGGAGAAAUGUUCUUGGGAAAAAUGACCAUAUUGAUCAAGUUGACAUUGCUCUUGGGAAAUAUGUUGUUACACUAUCCUCGGGAGGAAGUAUAUUAAGGGCAUGGAACCUUCCUGAUGGUCAAAUGAUAUGGGAGUCGACUCUUCCAGUUUCAACCCUUUCGAAAUCUUCGUUGUAUGUUCUGGCAAAUAUGAAUGUGGGAAAAGAUAAUUUGAUUCUUGUUUUUGGUGGAUCAUCAAUUCAUGCCUUGUCAAGCAUGGAUGGGCAAAUUGUUUGGAGAAAAGAAUUGUCCAUUGACAGCUUAGAGAUUCAGCAGAUUUUUCAACCUCAUGACAGUGAUAUCAUAAAUGCUGUAGGAUUUGUUGGUUCAUCAGAAUUUGUUGUGUAUCAGAUCAGUUAUAGAACUGGGGAGGUGAUGCAGCAAAGCAAAGCUUCCUUUGAAAGUGGUUUCUGUGGUGAAGCAUCUCUUGUUUUUGACAAUUUGGUCGUAGCAUUAGAUGCCAGCAAGUCAUCUUUAGUUUCAAUAAGUUUCAAAAAUGAAGUUAUAAAUUUCCACCAGAUAAAUCUAUCAGAUCUUGUGCCAGAUUUUUCUGGGAAGGUUACAUUAUUGCCUUUAAAAUUCAAUGGCAUGCUUGCAAUAGAAAUUGCUUCAUCAAUACUUUUGUUGAGAGUUAAAGGUGCUAAUGAGCUUGAGUUUGUUGAGAAAAUUAGCCAUCCAUUCGCCUUUAGUGAUGCUCUCCCUUUAUCAAAAGAACAACAAGCUUUUGCAAUUUUGCAGCAUGACGAAUCAAAAAUCCACUUCAAGGUGAAAUCGGAUAAUGAUUUGAGAAAUGAGAUUCUUAAAGAAACCAUACAGAUGGACAGUCAAAGGGGAAAUAUUGAGAAGGUUUUUAUUAAUAAUUAUAUUCGAACAGAUAGAACACAUGGUUUUCGGUUUUUAGUUGUUAUGGAAGAUCACUCACUAUUAUUAAUACAACAAGGUGAGAUUGUAUGGAGUAGGGAGGAUGGUUUGGCAUCUAUUGUUGAUUCAACAACAUCUGAACUACCUGUUGAGAAGGAAGGUGUAUCAGUUGCAGAGGUGGAACACAACCUUUUUGAGUGGCUCAAGGGGCAUUUACUGAAACUUAAAGGAACUCUCAUGCUUGCAAGUCCUGAUGAAGUGGCUGCUAUACAAGCUAUUAGACUAAAAAGUUCUGAAAAAAAUAAGAUGACUCGGGAUCACAAUGGAUUUCGAAAGCUAAUUAUUGUACUAACUAGAGCCGGAAAAGUUUUGGCACUACACACUGGAGAUGGACGCGUUGUUUGGUCUGUUUUACUUCCUGCCCUUCGUAGAUCAGAAACAUGUGGAAAUCCCUUUGCUUUAAGGGUAUACCAGUGGCAGGUCCCUCAUCAUCAUGCAAUGCACGAGAAUCCAUCUGUCCUUGUAGUUGGCAGAUGUGGGCAUGGUUUUGAUGCACCUGGCAUUUUUUCAAUUGUUGAUUCCUACACUGGGAAAGUACAAAACUCUUUGAUACUAGAGCACUCUGUGAGUCACAUAAUGCCUUUGCCCUUGACAGAUUCAACAGAACAGCGCCUUCAUCUUAUCAUAGAUGCCAAGUUACAAGCCCAUCUAUACCCUAAAAAUUCUGAUUCUCUUAAACAUUUCUUUAAUGAGAUGCCAAAUAUUUACUGGUAUUCGGUUGAAGUAGAAAAAAACAAAAUAAAAGGAUAUUCACUAGAAAGCAAAGCUGAACUGGACACAGCUGAGGAGUAUGUCUUUCAGGCUAAAGAAUUGUGGUCCAUUAUCUUCCCUUCUGAGUCUGAGAAGAUUGCUGUGACUGCAACUAGAAAAAUGAAUGAGAUAGUUCAUACCCAAGCAAAGGUUGUAGCAGAUCAGGAUGUAAUGUAUAAAUAUGUAUCGAAAAACAUACUUUUUGUUGCUACUGUUGCUCCUAAAGCUGCUGGAGAAAUUGGUUCUGCCACACCAGAAGAAGCUUUGUUGUAUGCUUAUCUAAUUGAUACUGUCAGUGGGCGAAUUUUGCAUCGUGUGUGUCAUCAGGGAGCACAGGGCCCUGUUCAUGCUGUUGUGAGUGAGAAUUGGGUUGUCUAUCACUACUUCAAUCUUAGGGCGCACAGAUAUGAGAUGUCAGUCAUUGAGAUAUAUGAUCAAUCUCGAGCGGAUAACAAAGAUGUUUGGAAGCUUGUCCUGGGAAAGCAUAAUUUGACAGCACCUGUCUCUUUAUAUUCUAGACCAGAUGUGAUGGUCAAAUCACAGUCGUACUUUUUUACUCACUCAGUUAAAUCCAUGGCGGUGACAGCAACAGCUAAGGGCAUAACAUCCAAGCAACUUCUAAUUGGCACAAUAGGUGAUCAGGUCUUGGCACUUGAUAAACGCUUUCUUGAUCCUCGGCGUUCUGUCAAUCCCACGCAAUCAGAGAAGGAAGAGGGAAUCAUACCAUUGACCGAUUCUUUGCCAAUUGUCCCUCAGUCUUACAUAACACACUCUCUUCAAGUGGAGGGCCUGAGAAGCAUGGUAACAAUACCUGCCAAGUUGGAAUCCACUACACUCGUUUUUUCCUACGGCGUAGACCUCUUCUUUACCAGGAUCGCUCCAUCAAGAACCUACGAUUCACUUACCGAAGACUUCAGCUAUGCACUUCUUCUCAUCACGAUCGUUGUGCUAGUUGCUGCUAUUUUCGUGACAUGGGCCUUGUCUGAGAAAAAGGAGCUUAAAGAGAAAUGGAGGUAAAUGUAUCUUCAAGGCACUAUUUCUGUACCGAGACGAGUGCCCAUCAUUUUAAAGGUGUUUUGUUUUCUUGCCUUUUUAUUUUUUGGGGUCAAGUAGGAGAAACUAUUGUUUCCAUUUGAUUUCCCAUUAGCAAUCUUGAGAUUAUUACAUCGCUCGCAAGCGGACUUUUUUAAAGCUGGAUAGCAUCGAAUUUGGUACCUUACAUGUGUAGUAAGACUAAGAUUGAACUUUUUUUCUAGUGAUGAACCAAUUAGCAUCUCAUGUUGA